ACACGAGUCCCGGAGCCGCGAUGACGCAGUUGUAGCUUACGUUCUCCCGGAGCACGGAAUCCCGUCAGUCCAGGACGCUCACCGACACAACUGCUUCCCACUUUUCGGAGAGUUCCCGCCGCACACCGGUGUGAUGCCCGCCGGGAUGUUCAGCAUCGACAGCAUCCUGUCCGCUCGGCCGAGCUGUAAGGAGCCGCUGCUGCUGCACCGGAGCGGCCCGGUGGUGCUGUCCGCCGGCCUGACGGAUUCUCUCUACACCGACUACAACGGACUGUAUUCAGCCACGUGCGGGCCCGUGGCCCCCCCGGUGCAGCCCGUGAGCGGGAGCAGGAUCGGAUAUAACGGCUACUACUACAGCCAGCUGCACGUCCAGGGCGCCGGGGCAGGGCCCCCGUGCUGCGGCUCCGUGCCCGGCCUCAGCCCGCAACAGUGCCCCUGCAUCCCCACAGGCUACGACAGCCAGGGAUCGGUGCUGAUCUCUCCGGUGCCCCACCAGAUGAUGUCCUACAUGAAUAUGAGCAGCCUGUCGCGGACCGAGCUGCAGCUCCUCAACCAGCUGCACUGCCGCAGGAAGCGAAGGCACCGCACCAUCUUCACGGACGAGCAGCUCGAGGCUCUGGAGGGCCUCUUCCAAGAAACCAAGUACCCGGACGUCGGCACUCGCGAACAACUUGCCCGCAAGGUCCACCUCCGCGAGGAGAAGGUCGAGGUGUGGUUCAAAAACAGACGCGCGAAGUGGAGGAGGCAGAAAAGGUCUUCAUCAGAAGAAUCAGAGAACUCUCAGAAAUGGAACAAAUCCAACAAAACGUCCGCGGACAAACCCGAAGAGAGUAAGAGCGAGGUGGACUCGGACAGCUGAUAACAGAGCGGACCUAACACGCCCUCAUCGGCUUGUCCCGUGGAAAUCGAUGUGGACCCCGAGACAUUGUGGUGGUGUGGUGUUGCCAUGUUGCACAGUUGUAUAUACAUAUCUACAUUUUAUUAUUGACUGUGUCCGUUAUUUAUAUUUAAUUUAAGCUGCUUUUGUAAUGUUUCACACACAGGGAUGAGACGCCCUCUGAACUGACUGACGUGUGAAUAUAUCGUGAUGUUCUCUAUAUGUGACAUUUUCAUGGAUAUUAAAUGUUGUAA